UACUUCAUUGAACAGGGGAAAAAGGAAUGCUUUGCUACAUGUCUCUUUGUCUGUUAUGACUUAAUCAGACCAGACGUUGCUCUAGAACUUGCUUGGAUCAACAAUAUGAUCGACUUUGCCUUCCCGUAUCUCCUCCAGUUUAUCCGAGAAUACUCUGGGAAAGUGGAUGAGCUAAUCAAGGACAAGCUGGAGGCACAAAAAGAGGUGAAGGCCAAAGAACAGGAAGAGAAGGAUGUCAUGUCCCAACAGAACAUGUACGCCCAAUUAUUGCCACUUGCUUUACCCGCACCACCGAUGCCAGGAAUGGGAGGUGGUGGGUAUGGUCCGCCACCACCAAUGGGCGGAAUGCCAGGAAUGCCUCCAAUGCCACCAUAUGGAAUGCCACCGAUGGGUGGUUACUAA